AUGGCCAUGUACGAGCGUCGCGGCUCGCUGGAGUCAUUCGAUCGAUUCAGGUCUGCUUCUCCCACCGGAUCAGAACGGAGGAAGCUCUCCUUCAACCCACUCGCAGAAUGGACGCCGCCGGUACAAGGGCAGCCAUCUGCCGGAGCCUUUGAAGUCAGCAAAGGGAAGAGAAUAGCUCAGGUCAUUUGCGCGGUGAUAUACUGCCUACUGGCUGCCGGUAUCGUCUUCGGUUUCGCGGCCAUCAAGCCGGUAUUCGUUGCUGAGGGAGUCUACAAGGACAAGUGCACACAGAAAGAGCUCGAGGAAGGUGUCUGGGUAUGCUACGAGCAGGAGUUGCGUCUCAACUUGAUGUUCACUGUCGCUGCUGUGAGCACCAACGUUUGCGCUCUGCCAGUGGGGACGGUCUUGGACAAGUAUGGACCGCGAGUUGCAAGCAUUGUUGGAGUCGUCUUUCUCACUGUGGGCGCAUUACUACUGGCAUUCGCCAAAGACAUACCAGGCGAUGCGUAUAUCCCAGGGUACCUUUUCCUCGCACUCGGUGGACCAUUCGUGUUCAUCCCCUCCUUCCAACUGAGCAACACCUUCCCACAAAACUCCGGCCUCAUCCUCGCUCUGCUUACAGGAGCGUUCGAUACCAGCAGCGCAAUCUUCCUCAUCUACCGCCUGAUUUAUGAAGCUACCGAUGGCUCCUUCGACACUCGCAAAUUCUUCCUCGUCUACCUCGUCGUACCCGCCUUUGUGCUCCUCGCCCAGAUCUUCGUCAUGCCCUCCAAAUCCUACAAGAGCGUUGGAGAACUUGUGGCGCAGGUAGAAGAGGCAGAACAGACGGUUCAAGAUUCACAUGAGGACAUCUCCGGCGAGGAACAGCAGAACGGGUUGCAAGGACCCCGUCGCGACGUCGUAGGCGAAGUCACAAGCCUCCUCGGAACGAAGAAAGGAGAAGACCAGACUAAGACACAUGAAGACUCAGCAGACAAGAGCGGCGUAUGGGGCGCUCUGCACGGCAAGACUUCACUACAGCAAAUUCUCACUCCCUGGUGGUUACUCAUCACCCUCUUCACCAUGAUCCAAAUGCUUCGAAUCAACUACUUCGUCGCCACCAUCCGCACACAAUACACCGACAUGCUCGGCUCCGAACACGAAGCCCGCCGCAUCAACGAAAUCUUCGACGUCGCUCUCCCUCUCGGCGGAGUCGUCGCGAUCCCUUUCGUUGGCCUUGUUCUCGACCAUACCAGCACGCCUUUCGUAUUGGGACUCCUGGUGAGCAUCGCCACCGCAAUCGGAAUCUUCGGCCUGAUCCCCGAGACCUGGGCCGCAUACAUCAACAUCAUCCUCUUCGUCAUCUACCGACCAUUCUACUACACCGCCGUCUCCGACUACAGCGCCAAAGUCUUUGGCUUCCAGACCUUCGGCAAAGUCUACGGCCUCAUCAUCUGUAUCGCCGGCCUGUUCAAUUUCGCACAGGCAGGGCUGGAUGCUCUACGGAAUAAAGUUUUCCACAAUGACCCUAUUCCCGUGAAUGCCAUCUUGCUCGCUCUAGCUCUGCUGGUGGGGAUUGUCAUGGUGGGAUAUGUCUGGCGCAAGAGUGUGACGUUGGAGAAGGAAAGAUUGAGAGAGGAGGCGGAUGCGGCGCAGGAGAGAUUGAUUCCGGGUGCGGAUGCUGCCGAGGUGAAUCGACCGCAUGGGCAUGAGACUUAUGGGACUGCUUAA